CAGAAUCCAAGCACAGCUCUCUGUAGAGAACCCGGAGCUUUGCAGGUGCGCGCCUCGCGCCAGCCCGCUCUUCUGUUUAGAGGUCCGCAGGAAGACACACGCGCGCCACAUUCAAGGCAGGAAAGCGCGUCCCCGUGGCCUCGAAGCCGCCGGCAUCAUUCCGAGCUAGGCAGGCCUAAGUUAUAAAGUAGCAACAUGGCGCUCGUGCCCUGUCAGGUGCUGAGAGUCGCCAUCCUCCUCUCGUAUUUCUCCAUCCUGUGCAAUUACAAGGCCAUUGACAUGCCAGCGCAUCAAACCUAUGGAGGCAGCUGGAAAUUCCUGACAUUCAUUAAUCUGGUUAUUCAAGCCGUCUUUUUUGGCAUCUGCGUAUUGACGGACCUUUCCAGCCUUUUGACUAAAGGAAAUGACAGCCAAGAACAAGAAAGACAGCUAAAAAAAUUAAUUUCUCUCCGUGACUGGAUGAUGGCCGUUUUAGCUUUCCCUAUUGGAGUUUUUGUUGUGACAAUGUUUUGGAGCAUCUACAUCUAUGACAGAGAACUGGUGUACCCAAAGCUCCUUGAUAAUUUUAUACCACCUUGGUUGAAUCAUGGAAUGCAUACAACUGUUUUGCCUUUUAUAUUAAUUGAGAUGAGAACAACACAUCAUAAUUAUCCCAGCAGGACCUGUGGACUGGUUGCUGUGUGCUUUUUCUCUGUUGGCUACAUAUUAUGGGUCUGUUGGAUUUAUCAUGUAACGGGGGUUUGGGUGUACCCUCUCCUAGAUUACCUUGGCUCAGGUUCUAAAAUUAUCUUCUUUGCAACUGUAACUGCAAUAAUUAACAUCUUCUAUUUGCUGGGUGAAAUACUAAAUAACUGCAUCUGGGAUACACAAAAAUGUAUGGAAGAAGGAAAGGAGAAGCCUAAACUGGACUAAAUAUAGGAUGAAAGAAGAGAAAUGAUGACUUGCUGCUAUGUGGAAGGCAUCUUUAGUGUCAAGAGACGUUGCAAGAGGAGGCAAUUUACAUGGAACAGUGCAUCCAGGAUAUUUUAUUUUUCUAAAAAGGGAUAUUGCUUUAGUGACCCACUCCUUCCCGAUAUCUGUUAUCUGCCCAUGAGAAUUCAUAUGAUGGUUAUUUCCACAGAGUCCUCAACACAUGCCAUUAUGCAUAUCAAUUUUAAGUGUCUUUUCCUGUGGUAGUAAGAAGAAUGAAGGGGUCUGUUCUGUCUCUGAUUUGGAAACAAGAUUAGGCAGACCAAAAUUGAAUCAGCAGGGAAAUAACCUACAUUUGUGGCUGUAUCAUAACGCUGCAUCUGCCAAAUGGUGAAGCCAUCUUCAUUAGCCAAUCAAAGAGUUCUGUUGAAUUUUGAUCAUCAAAUAGCUGGCAGUAAGUGUUGGGAACAGCAAGGGUCAACUGGGGUGGCUGUAGAAGAUUCAGGGAUGGAGGUUAUCUGUGGAAGACGGUACACCUGGGCAACCCAGAGCAAAAAUUCAAACUCAGUUUAUGCCCCUCCGCAAUUUUAAAAAAUUGUUUUAAUUGUUCAUGAUAAAACAUGAUAUAAAUACAAAUGAGCAGGUGUGACGUAAGACUGCUUUUACUCAGUGGUACUAAUAACUAUACCAGUUCCAGCAAGCUCUAAUUGCAGUUGAAACAUACAUGCAUAUUGUUAUUAAAGUACAAAACCACAUUAAUAAAGAACAAAAUGUCCCCCCAUA